UCUCCCUCCCCCUCUCGUCUCCUAUAUAUAUAAAUCGAAAUAAUUUGAUAAUUUUGAAAAAAGCAGCCAUGGAAAACCACCACCACCACCACCACCUAAUGCUCAAAAUCUCUCGCCUCCUCCCUUCCUCCUUCACUUCUUGCCACUUCACAAAUCUAUCCGACGUGGCACACUCCUCCAUUAAUCCCACCACCAAACCCUCCUCCACCAAAACCGCCGAUGAUAAGCCACGCGCCGCCCUCUCCUCCACCUCCAACAACGCCCUGUUCACCAGCAGCGACGACCUCGACACCGACACCUUCUUCAGCCUCUCCUCCAUCUCCGGCGACUCCUUCCACCUCCGCACCGCCUCCACGCGCUUCAAGCACAUGGCCAGCAUCGACGAAGCUGCCUUCCGCUCCUCCUCCUCCGCCGCCGCUGGAAAAAAAAUGCCGAUCAAGGCCGACGACGAGCUAGGAUUCGACCACACCUCGACUCAGCUCUACUACGGCUCCGCCGCCGGGGGUUUCCGGCGGCGGCGGAGGAGGAGGAGCCGCGGCGGCGGGGCGUUGAUGGGGAUGGGGGAGAGCUACGCGGUGGAGAAGAGCACGAGGGAUCCGAGGGGGGAUUUCAGGGCGUCGAUGGUGGAGAUGAUCGUCGACAAGCAGAUGUUCGCGGCCGCCGAUUUGGAGCGCCUGCUGCGCUGUUUCUUGUCGUUGAAUUCGGCGGCGUAUCAUUCUAUGAUAUGUGAUGUUUUUUCGGAAAUUUGUCAAACUUUGUUUACAAAUUAAUUUCAAAUGUUUUUUAAGGAUUUGUUUUAGUAGGAGUAUGUAAAUUAAUUAUUUGCGUGUUUUUUUUUUGUUGUAUUAGCUCUUUCUAAUAUAAUAAUAAU